AUGUCCAUUAAAAACACAAAAGGCUCCCCUUGUUUAGGUACAACAGCUAUAGCAAAAGCGUUUCGGGACUACUUUGAAGGACUGUAUAAUCUUAAUGAAUCUGACCCCAUAGCAUCUACACAUGAUAAAUCUCUUAAACAUAAAAUAGCAAAAUAUUUGGAUGGCAUUGGGAUCCCUUCUUUAUCAAAAGAGCAACAAGAAUACUUAGAUCGACCAAUCCAAACGGAGGAAAUUACCAAUGUUAUUAAUCACUUACCUAACGAGCACAGAGAGCAGGUUAAGAAGGUAUUGGUUGAUAUGUGUCUUUCUCCCCUGCCUGCUGCCCAGUCCAUCUGUCUGACAUCAUGUGCUCUGCUGCUUUUUACUGCCUCCCCGGUGGGCUCCUCUGACUCCCAGAACCGAUGGAUUCACAAUUACAAGCACCUGGAAGGGGAUGUGCGAUGGAGACGUCUUUUCUCAGCCACUGGUUUCUUUUUAACCAUUGACAGGAUGGGUAAUGUGAAGGGCAUUCGAAGAUACUUCUCUGACAGUAUACUCCAAAUCCACUCUGUGAGUGUGGGAAUAGUGGCAAUCCACUCAGUCAGCAGUGGCGUCUAUUUAGCUAUGGACAGGAACGGGAAGGUUUACGGGAGGAAAGACUAUGGCCCAAACUGCAGAUUCCAUGAACGGAUUGAGGAGAAUGGAUAUCAUUCUUAUUCUUCUGUAAGGUGGCGUCACCAUGGCCAUCCAAUGUAUCUGGCCCUCAAGGGGAAUGGGAUGGCACGAAGGGGAAGCAGAACUCGACGCACCCAUCCCUCUUCACACUUCCUUCCUUUACCUAUUUGAU